GGGCAUUUAUUUAAGGUCAUAGCCUUUUUCUUCUUGUUAAUUUGUCUCUCUGUUUUGUUUUCCUACAUGUCUUGGGCAUUAAUGGCUGGACACUUGGGUUGGGGUACUAUGGAAGAAGGUUGGAGGAAAGGUCCUUGGACAGCUGAAGAAGAUAAGCUUCUUAUUGAAUAUGUCAGGUUACAUGGUGAGGGUAGAUGGAACUCUGUUGCUAGGCUUGCUGGGCUAAAAAGGAAUGGGAAGAGUUGCAGGCUCAGGUGGGUGAAUUAUUUAAGGCCAGACCUUAAAAGAGGCCAAAUAACCCCACAUGAAGAGAGUGUAAUUCUUGAGCUGCAUGCAAGAUGGUCAACAAUAGCAAGAAGCUUACCCGGAAGGACUGACAACGAGAUCAAGAACUACUGGAGGACUCAUUUCAAGAAAAAGGCAAAGCAUGCACCUGGUAACUCCGAUAAGGCAAAAGCUCGAAUACUUAAAAGGCAACAAUUUCAGCAGCAGCAGCUCCUGCAACAGCAAGAACAAGAGCAUCAGCAACGUCUGCUACAGCAGCAUCAUCAACAGUUACAAUCUAACCAACUCGACAUGAAACGGAUCAUGUCGUUGCUCGGCGAAACGGAACACAAGGUCCCGUAUGUUCCUAUGAUGGGUACUAAUUCAUACCCCGACACGACAGACCAAGGACAAGGCGGCUUGCUCUAUCCAACGAUGACGAUUAAUGGAGAUGUUUCGAGCAGCGAUACCUCGAACGAGGAGAUUCUUUGGGAUGGAUUGUGGAACUUGGAUGAUGAUAAUUUCUAUGGGAAUUUGGGUGCUACGUGUGCAACGAGCAAAACGAACUUGCACAAUCUGGCGAUCCCUUUCUGCUGAUUUCAAUAACAUAACGUUUCACAUCAAAUGAGAAAAGGGUCUCAAAUAAUUGAAGCUAUUAAUCUAGUUCUAGUUCUAGUUCUAGUUCUAGUUCUAGUUCUAGUUCUAGUUAGUUCUGUUAAGUCAUCAU